AUGCGCUGGCGUGCCAUAUCGGCGACAAACGGUGAGCUUGGCGUUUAUGCUCGUGUCGACAAUUCCAGUUACCGGCUGCUGAAGCGGGCUACCCCGGGGCCGUUCACCUUUAUUCUGCGCGCUUCAAAAGAAGUCCCCAAGCGUCUGGUGCAUGAGAAGCGGCGUACCAUCGGCAUUCGCGUGCCGGAUCAUCCGGUUGCGCAGAUGCUGCUGGAACUUAUGGGUGAGCCGAUUAUGACCACAACGCUGCGCCUGCCCGAUGAUGAUGGAGAGGAACAAGCCCUGUUUAUGGAUGGUGAAGACAUCGCAGAACGGCUGGGCAAACAGCUUGAUGUCAUCAUUGACGCCGGCGCCUGUGGCCUGGAAGAAAGCACCGUUAUCGAUCUCACUGAAGAUGUGCCGCAAUUAGUGCGGCACCUGCACGGUGUGUUAAAAAACUGGGUUCAACUGCAGCACGAAUACGAGUGCUUCUUUUUUGUGGCUGACUUCCACGCGCUGACCACAGAUUACGAAGAGUCGCAGAACAUCGAGCAGUACACAUUCGACACUGUUGUCGAUUGGUUGGCUGCAGGUGUUAAUCCCGGCACGGCCACGAUAUUUGUGCAGAGUCGGGUGCCGGAACAUGCGGAACUGCAUCUGCUGUUGUCGAUGAUCACACCCAUCUCCUGGCUUGAGCGCGUACCCAGCUUUAAAGAUCAGCAGCAGAAACUCUCUGACCGGGAUCUGGCCACCUACGGUUUCCUUGGUUAUCCGCUGUUACAGGCUGCAGAUAUUCUGGUGUACCGGGCCGGUUGGGUGCCUGUCGGCGCGGAUCAGGUGGCACAUGUGGAGCUUACCCGGGAAGUGGCGCGGCGGUUUAACCAUAUUUACGGUCGUGAACCUGGCUUUGAAGAUGCCGCGGAAGCUGCGGUCAAAAAAAUGAGCAAAAAAGCUGCUCGCAUGUAUGGCAACUUGCGCAAAGAGUACCUGGAAAAAGGUGAUGGCGAAGCCCUGGAGCGCGCGCGUGCAUUGCUGGCUGAGCAACAGAAUCUGUCUAUCGGUGAUCGCGAGCGUUUGUUUGGCUAUCUGGAAGGCGGUGGUCGCAUCAUUCUGCCGGAACCACAGUCCUUGCUGACGAAGACGGCAAAGAUGCCUGGCCUGGAUGGUGAAAAGAUGUCCAAGUCUUACAACAAUUAUAUUUCGUUGCGGGAAGAGCCUGACUCGGUUGAAGCAAAAAUUCGCACUAUGCAGACAGACCCUGCACGUGUACGCCGCUCGGAUCCGGGUGAGCCGGAAAAUUGUCCGGUGUUUGCGCUGCACGAAGUCUAUUCGACUGAGGAAGUGCGCAAGUGGGCCACGCAAGGUUGUCGCAGUGCAGGUAUUGGCUGCGUCGACUGUAAAAAACCGCUGAUUGAUGCGAUUAAUGAAGAACAGCUCAUCUACCGACAACGUGCCCAGCAAUUUGAAGAAGAACCUGAUCUGGUGCAUGCGAUUCUUGCGGAAGGCUCUGAGAAAGCACGUAACCUUGCUCGUGAAACGCUGGACGACGUCAAAGAAGCGAUAGGCAUCAGUCAUCGUUAA